UGCCACCAAAAUUAUCAUCCGCCAAAUUCAACUCGAACAACGACUUUACUUUAUUUUAGAGGAAACACUCUAUCCGAAAGACCAAGACUCUAUAGCCGCAACCAUCAGAAGCAUUAUGGGCAAGAGCACGACUAUGGACAGUAUCGCACUCGAGGGCCAAGGAGCGCCAGUUUCAGUGGCAGUGGACGGCUCUACUCAUUUAGGUGUCAAGAGCAUACUGCCGUCCAAACUUAUACCCAUCACCACUAAAACCAUUGCCGUCGUAGGCACCAUCGACGACGCUGGCUCAACGUCCUCCUCCGCAUACUCGCCAGACUCCACCUCGCCCACAACACCACAGGCCACCUCUUCAGCACAGCCCUUAUCACCCAUCUCGACCAAUGGGAUCCCUACUUUGUGUGACCACGACGAAGCCUCAGCAGGUACUGUCACGGCUGUGCUCCACAAAAAGGACUCAGGCACGUCCAUGAACUCAAGCACCACUUCUGCCUCUGACAAUGAGGCAACCGCCGCCGUCGACCCUGUCAUAACCGCACAACACAACGGCAAGAGUGCCAGCAUAACCCGUAAUAAGAGCAAUGGCGCUGCCAAAAGCGGCAACCCAGUAAAACCAUCAGUUCCAAGGCGGUUAUCGCAGCCAGAGGCAGCAUCAGCAGGAUUCCAGAGCUUUCCAACAAUUACACCCACAGGGCGCGUCCUCAGCCGACCCCUCUCGACCUCGAAACUAUCGGCAACUCCCAUGGUGGCGCCCCAUAUCCUUCCAAACCAACAGCGGCACGCCGCCGGAUUCAAUCUCGCGACACUCGGCCAGCUUUCGCCCACGGCCUCCGCUGCUGCGACGGCUACUAGUAUGACGAUGUCACGAGCCGAAACGCUGGCCUUCUUGAGCUCCAACAGCAAUAAUUCGUAUUUCACAGCAAAUGCAGGUUCUUCGCGGUCAAGCCAUCACGGGGAUAUCCAUGGUCUCGGGCUCGCCAAUCUCCAGCAGCAGCAUCACGUCGAUGGAGGAAUGACACUUCCUUCAGGAGGCACUAGGACUAUGUGCGGAUCCGAUGCUAUCUCAUUGCUGGAUCUAGACGAUCCUCACAAUGACCUGGUUAUGAUUGACAGCAAUGGAAACAGCAGUGGAAGCGGUGUUACCGGUGUGGCGGUUGUAGGCGAGACCAUGGCGUCGGCAUCGGCUAUUGUCGCGAAUGGCCAUCAUUCAGGGAACCAUCACCAUGGUGUAGGAGGAACUCUGGCUGCAGGGCUGACUUUGACGGCCUCUGCAUCCUCGGCUCUACUCAGAGGUAGUAGAGGAGGUGAGAGUGCAGCAAUUUCUGCCAACGGUAGUGGAAAUGGCGGCGAAUCCCAUGCUGGGACGUUCUCUGCGGCGUCCACGAACCUUCCGCAAAGGUCCUCGCUGCCCACGUUGACUUCACAAGCCAAGAAGGAUGCGAUGCAGCGUGCAGCCAUGAUUGCAGCGAUGCAACAAAACGGCGGUGCCAAGGUGUUGGCAGCUCAGCGGGUCGGCAGGCGACAGGAUCGUCCUAGUCGUAAUAUUCGAUUUGGUGAAUUCCAUCGGAUCUGUGAGAUCGAGUAUGGAUUUGACCAGGGUAGGCCCCUUAUUGCAAAUGGCAGGGGUCUGAUCCACUCAACGCGUGUACUCCGGAUAGAAGGUCAAGAGAAGCGCGAGGAAAUGCUGUAUCUAUUCUCAGAUGUCCUGGUCACUGGAACAAGGAUGCGAAGGCGCGUAUCAGAACCGGUUCAGGGGUCAACAAGAAAUACAAGUGGCGUGUCAGAUAAGCAGAUUUGUUCUGCAAUAAGCGACUCCAUCCAGGGAGAACCCAAAGGCGAAAGCGCCAGUGACGUACCUGUCCCAGGAAAGGAGUAUUCGACAGGCAACAUCAAGGAACAGGGGCAUGUAUCUGAGUCAGUCCAGGGAGCUGUACAAGACAAUCCUUAUGCUGGACAUUUGGAGAAUCAGCGCAUUUCUCGACUGACCCAGGUGCAAGCCGACAUUGUCGAGAAUGAUGAGCGGCCAUUGCUAAAGAUUGCUGCACCGCAACUGUCUUUGAUUCUACUGUUUGGUUCGACCGCCGCCAGGGACAGCUUUCUCGCGCUUCUGAACGAGACGACUGCCGCACACAAGCAUCACCUCCUCUUCCAAUCCAAGUAUCUUGCAGACCUUAAGAAGUUCAAGCGCCACUCCGCAUUUUCCUUUGACACCUCCUUCCUCAAGACAUGGGGCAUCCCUGGUAGCCUGAAUCUGGGAUCUAUCAAACCGACUGGGGGCAGCCAUGGUAAUGGCGCCAUCGGCCCUAGCGGCACCUUCACAACCUCGCCUUUGACAUCGCCAGGUGGAGGUGCCUUCGAUCCAUACCAGUACCAGCAAUACCUGAACCGUCCACAGUCUAUGGCUGGAAGUCUAUUCAACUUUGCGCUGAAUGGCGGAUCAUUCCCAUCGUUCUCGGACCACAGCAAGGAGAGCUCUUAUGCUACAUUACGAGGCGCUAAUGCAGCAAACACACUUCAGUACCAUCACCAGCAGCAACAAAUGCUACAGCAACAGCUCCAAAACCGGCUUUCGAUGUCUUCAACAGGAUCAGUGCGGCCAGGAAUGGAUAGGACGUCGUCGGGCUCGGCUUUUGAUGGGCUUUGGUUCAUGAAGGGCGGUGAUCACAGCAAGACGCGCAAGACUGCGUUGGAAGCCGUUGCUGCUCCGACUGUUGGCGGUGAAGAGAAGGCGAAGGCCGGAGAAGAUGAUUCUGAGGAGGGAUCGGCUUCGUCGUCGGUGCAGUCAUCGUCAUCUGGAACGAAUCUAUCUGCAAUUGCCACCAAAACCAACAGUAACAGUCAUGGCAGUGCUCAGAACACGAAUAGAUUUUCCUCGUCCUCGACCCUUUCGAUUCUACCAUCAACUCCGGCCAGCAACUGCGCGAUGGGAACGCUGCGAAAGGGAGCCGGCUGGGUCCGAGAUGAAGACGCGACAGUGUGUAUGGUGUGCUCGACGACAAAAUUCGGAGUCUUAGUCCGCAAGCACCAUUGUCGACUCUGCGGGCGCGUUAUUUGUUGGAAGUGCUGCCAAAUGAAGGAUGUAGUUAUACAGGACCCUUUUUCGUCGACAGAGCUCUCUGAUGCUAUUCCACAGGAGCUUCGAAAGCCCAUCCGUGUAUGUCUGGACUGUAUCGAACAUGAUGCCGCUCAAGAGAACCAACAGCAAAAUCGACAGCAGUCACCUCCUCAGUUAUUCCCGCUCCGGGGGGUGCUUGGCAAACUAAUGAGUUCGACAAGCACAAGCUCACAUCUGGCGACUUCGGCUACCAACGCCCUUGGGAGCAUACUUACGAUGCCUCAAGCCCAAACACAGAUUCAGUCGCCGCUCUCUCCACGCGUAAUGAAACAUGGCCGAACGGGCCAUCCAUACCCACAUCAUCACCGCGCUUCUCUUUACAGGAUCGACGUGGAGCGCGUCGGAGAGGAGGACGAGGAAGAGGAGGAAGAAGAACAGGAUAUGGCGCUGAAGGACAAGGGCAAUGUCGAGGACCGCCAUGGACAUGAUGAAAGUCAGGAGCACGAAAGCCAUGAUCCCCGUAAUAGCAGUGCCAUACCCAGCGCAGAGUCCACCUUGGAGGAGCCAACAGAUCCCUUGCGUGAGAUCAUAAGGUCGAACCCAGGUACGAUUCGUCUCAAAGACUUGGAUCCUGCGGAUAUCAACGAGGAUGAGGUAAAUACACAGAUCAUGACGCUCGAGUCCGAGGUCGAGAGUCUUUUGAUCCAGGGCGCAGGGCCCAUGAUGUUUGUUAACACUGGCACCAAAAGCCGUGGCGGAAAAGGCAGCGGCGGCGUCAGCAGCAGCAUGGCGAGCAAGACGCGUGUCCUGCGUGGUAUACCCAAGGAGUUGCUCCAGGGUGCUGAAGGGCUGGAAGCCAGAAUAGAUGGAGGUGAUGACGAGAAAACCAUGGAGGAGCUGCUGGCGGAGCAGGAUGAGCAAGUCCGACGUAUCUUGGCGCGUUGAUGUGAAUGAGGUGCUUCUCGAUGAGAUGUUUCUAUACCCCCAUUGAAAUGAAAUAUUCUAUAUAAAUUAUUC